AUGCCGACGAAUGAAGAAGUCCGAAAAUUCCUUUAUGAUGAGGGUAUCAAACAACGCAGGAAGGUGCUAGGAGAUGCGCAUACUGAUAAAUCGUUAUCAAAUGUCUCUGACUUUGCGCGUGCUGGCCAGGAGUUGGUGACUGAAGCUGCAUGGGGAACAAUCUGGACGCGCCCCGGUCUUACACACAGGCAACGCUCACUCGUCAGUGUUUCGAUACUCUGUGCAAUGGGAAAGCAGGUCGAGUUAGGUGCGCAUAUACGAGGGGCGCUCAAUAACGGACUAACAGAAGAGGAAUUGAAAGAGGUCAUGCUACAAAUCAUGGUAUACUGUGGCGCUCCAGUCGGCAUGGAGUCGUUCAGGGUUGCAGAUGCUGCAAUUCAGAAGUGGAAAGCAGAGCAUGUAUGA